GCACACAACCCGCAGUGUUGACGCAAGUAGUGGAGCGACAGCAGCAAUGUUUACAUCUCAGACUUCUUCUUUCCAAGAGUCCAUCGACGUAGAGGAUAAAGAUGCAGACUUCGAUAGCGAAGACCUGGCCGCAUAUGGACAGAAAAUACAGCAGAUUAACUGUUAUUAUGCGAUAUAUUAUUAUCAAAGCUCGAGAUGUGACUCUUCUGAGGAGAGUGUAUCCUGGAGCCAGAGGAGAGCCGACUCCACCACCAGCCAGGAGGACUUUAGUCUAACCCUUCUGGACAGCAGCUUGCCAUCAGAGGCAGAGCCUGAGCUGCGAAGCUACAUCUCACGCAGGCUUAGUAAAGGAGCACUGCUAGGUGGCAUGGGCAACAUCGCUACAGUGGAGCUGAGCCUCCCUGAGCAGGCUGUGGGGUGUUACUGCUGCUUCCUGGAGCAGGAGAAAUCUCCAGAACAGCCCGAGGCUAACGGUAACGGCUGGGUGGUGUGUCUCCUCGGAGGCUCAGAGAAAGGCCUCAACCUGUUCAGAAUCGAGCUGGAUAAGUACAUGCAGGGUCUCCAGAGCAGCCUAACGCCAGAAAUGCAGAAUCUGGAGUCGGAGGUCCGGCCUUAUCUGAGCCGCUGGUACGAGGAGUCUGUCAUGCAUGUCCACCGAGUGGCGCAGCUGGUGCAGGCCAACAUCGCCUUCCUGCUUCAUGCUGCUUUGAGUCACACUCAUGUGGAGGUGGUCGGAGGGGACGAGAGGACCAAGACAGACAUAGCAAGGUUCAUUAAAGCGGCGAGUCUUCAGGGUCUGGUGCAGGAGGAACCAAACACCACGUCGCUGUGUAAAGCCAUUUCUGAGGCCUCAAACUCGGCCCUGCUGAUCGACUGCUCCAGCGGAGAGACAACGUUUACCAAUGCAGUCACUAACCGGUUCUGUGAUGAGUGGAUCCAGGCGUUUGUGAACGCAGCUGAGCGUUUUAACCCCUUCCUUCUGCGCCAGAUCCUGGAGAACUUCAAGCUGAAGGCUAUCCAGGACAUGAACAACCUGAAGCGCUUUAUCCGUCAGGCAGAAAUGAGCCACUACGCUCUGUUCCGCUGCUGUCUGUUCCUGCAGAGCUGCGGAAACGGAGACGUGCUGCUGCAGAACGCUCGAGCCGAACACAGCGGCCUUCCCGAAGCCUGCAGCAUCAUCCGCGUGUUGGAGGAGUUCCUCAGCGAGCAGGCUGUGAUCACGGCGCAGUGACCAUUCACUACUGAGAACACAGCAGCGUCCAACAGCUGUGUACAUUCCACUGCCUCUCAGUGUGUGAUCAGGACUCCUGCUGCUCUGGGGUCAUGCUGAUGGUGCAGUGAGGACACGUAGCCUGCAGGGGGCAGAGUGGAGAUGAAAGGAAAUUCCUACGUUCCAUGUUGCUCUUAAUCCUUGACUGUGAAUAUCAGUGUCGUGCGUCCAAUCAAAGUCAUUUAGGUUGGUCUUCACACUCCAACAUCUAAUCACACACACACACCAACAUCUAAUCACACACACACCAACAUCUAAUCACACAUACACACCAACAUCUAAUCACACACACACCAACAUCUAAUCACACACACACCAACAUCUAAUCACACAUACACACCAACAUCUAAUCACACACACACCAACAUCUAAUCACACACACACACCAACAUCUAAUCACACACACACCAACAUCUAAUCACACACACACACCAACAUCUAAUCACACACACACCAACAUGUAAUCACACACACACCAACAUCCAAUCACACACACACCAACAUCUAAUCACACACACACCAACAUCUAAUCACACACACACACCAACAUCCAAUCACACACACACCAACAUCUAAUCACACACACACCAACAUCUAAUCACACACACACACCAACAUCUAAUCACACACACACACCAACAUCUAAUCACACACACACACCAACAUCUAAUCACACACACACCAACAUCUAAUCACACACACACCAACAUCUAAUCACACACACACCAACAUCUAAUCACACACACACACCAACAUCUAAUCACACACACACCAACAUCUAAUCACACACACACCAACAUCUAAUCACACACACACCAACAUCUAAUCACACACACACCAACAUCUAAUCACACACACACACCAACAUCUAAUCACACACACACACCAACAUCUAAUCACACACA